UCUCGUAAUUUAAUUGGUCCUUUAUCUAUGUAGUUUGAAAAACUCUUCUUCAUUUUUCUAUCUCUUCUUAACAGGUCUUUUAUUUCACACUCCCACACUAUGUCGACAUAUCGUAUAUGUUGUUUUAAAAUUUGAAUUCUCUCUUUAUUUUCCUUUUGAAUAACUUCAACUGUCUUUCCACUGGGUAAUAUGAAAUCUGGACGAUCCCCAUAGUGUUUUGGACACGCAUGCCACACACAUCCAUUUACUUCUAUUGCUCUAUCCUCACUUUUUAUAUAUCCGUCGACUUUAAAUCUUCCAGCAACUUUAUAUUCACCUUCCUCAGAGUGGGCAGUUUGAAUCACAACCGAAUUUUUUUCCGCAUACCAAUCGAGAUAUUUCAUAGCCAAUGUGCUUUGGUUGUCGCAUGUGUCGUAUCCCUUCUCAGGAACAAUACCCAAAUGAUCAGGUUUCAGAUGAUUUAA